AUGGCUCUUAUAUGGAAACUUCGAGAUUAUAAGCUUAACUUGGGUACCAAGCUGAUUGAAGAUAAUGACACGGAGAGUGAUAGCGAGCGUAAUCCAGACCAACUGAAAGAGUUGGAACCAAAACAUAAGAAGCGCAAAGUUAUGAUCAAACCAGUUCCAUCCAAGCAAAGACGCCUUCAGAAAGCAUCCCAUAUGCCUGAUUAUGGACCAAAGCAAUCAAGAUGCAGAAAUAAAUCUUGCGACAAAAAGACCACAGUCUUUUGCAAAAGAUGUGAAGUGUACCUAUGUUUCGUGCCUAACAGAAACUGCUUUGCAAGUUUUCAUGAGAUAGUUGAGGAAUGA